CACGUCUAAAUCUUUUAUCCAUAAUGCCAUCCAAUUUCUACGAGCAAACCACACCCGCCUGGUGCAUCGAGGCAGUCCCCCGGCCACACAAGCGAUGGCUAUCCUUUCUGUCAGUGCGCUUUGUGACAGUCCUGUUCUCCCUCAUCGGCCUCAUCUGCUUUGCCUGGGGCUAUCCCCAACAGCAGGACGGUGGAAUAGCAUAUGGGGAUGGGCCUACGGCGUCACUCGCCUGCAGUAACCUGGGAACGGCAGCCUACGGAUUCGCAUGGUCCAGCAUCUUCAUUCUCGUUGUUGUCAUCUUCAACUGCGCCGUCCACCCGGGUGCGAGCAUCACCUUUGACUUCCUCGCUUGUGCCGCUCAAGCAUGCACGUCUGUCUGGUACAUCUACGAGCUGGAGCAUUAUUAUGACUUUAGGCGACCAUCAAGCUACGGCAAGGGUGACGAAAAGAAACUGGUCCGAGUCGAGGCUUUUGCGACGAUUGUGAUUCUUCUCUCAGCAAUCCUCUACUUUGUGCUUUUUAUCUGGGGAUGCAGGAUCUGCCAUGUUCAGCGCAAGCGAGGAAUCCAAAACACCAAGUUUGUGAUGGAGAGUGCGUAAGAAGGCUAUCACUGUCUAACCCCGAGUCACAAGGUGAGUGUGAUAAAGGGAUAUCAUGAUGUGUGGAAUGCGGGGGGCUAUGAAUGAUGACGGCAAUGGCCAUCCACUAUAUAAUGUCUAAUAAUUAUGGUAUAAUGUUUAACUAUAGACUAUCAUUGAUGCUAUGAAUCCAAGGAAUGUCAUAGUAGGCAAGCCAUUGUGGAACGGGGCUAUUCUUAGCGUUCAUUGUAGAUAGUCAGUGCAAAAAACCCUGAUGGAACCAACAUGUGUCACGAACAGAUCGAGCAUCAUGAAAU